AGCCAUGGAUGGUGUGUUGGAGGGAGCGGCUGUGGUGUGUGUGUGUAAACUGGCCUGCAGUCUUCUCUUCCUGCCCAUGGUCACUGCUUCUCUCAGUGCGGUCAGCUUCUGCUGCAACUGCCUGCUGCUCUUCACAGACCUCGUAGUCACAAGUAAGUGUCCAUCUCUAACCCUAUUUCUGCUGUGUACAUCAGAGCUAGAACUACCUGUUUUUCCUUGUAAUAAGACUUUAAAGGAAAACAGAAAGGAGAGCAGUCGUUGCUAAAGUCCAUGAAUAGAGUACAUUUUCUGCACCUUUUGAAUUUUAAAAGCCUGGUAUACAAUAAAUCAAAUUCUUUAUAUGAAUAAAGAUUUGCUAAAGCGCCAAAAAUCUGCAUUUUGAAAUGUCCCUCGUCAUGUUUCUCAGACUUCUAGGAAGAUUUUAACCCACUUAAGCCUACUAUUUCUCCAAGUUUUCACAAUCAUUGUAAUGCCCUAGUCAUGUUCUUGCUUUGACAAAGUAAUUUCUGAAGAUUAUUAUUUAUUUCAUGUGGUUAGUGAUUCAUUUGUGUUUGUUCAUCAUUUUAAGGUCAACACUGUUACGUGAACUGAAUUCUUGUUUUAAUAUGGUGAAACUAUAUGGUGAAAAAUUCAAAAGCAACAUUGAACAUGUAAUAGGCAAAUCAUAGUGUAAAAACCGGUGAGCUGGUUCUACUCUUUUUGGCCUUUUUCUGGUGUUUCGUGGUGGAAAACUGAGCGGGUCGAGCAUAAGACAUCAGCACUGUUACCCAUACAUAGACAGGCUAGAAAUGUUUCACAUUUUUUGUGAAGUUUGCAUUCAAUUACCCUCCCUGUUGCACACAACAAGCUUCUAAUCCCCCUGUCACAAGGGGAUUUAUGGCUGAUUUAAGAUGAAAACCUUAAUCCAUUUUCGGUCAACCCUGUUACUUUAAUGCACUUUAUUGGCACUUACUAUAGUCCUUUUUUUAAAUUUAACUAUUUGAGAUGGGAAAACAUGUUUUUUUAAUGAAAUUGAACAUGUGCUCGUUAUGACAGAAUGUUACAAUUAGGUGAAAUGAACACUACCCAAAAUGUACUCUAUUCGUGGAACGACCCCAAUCUGGUUCAUUACAAGUUCCAACAGGGCACAGAAGCACCCUGUAAACCCAACACAGAAGAAGAGAAAAUGCCCCUGGAGACAGGCCCUUCGUAGGAUGUAAAAACAAAAGGCAGUGACUUUGUCAGUGUUCACAGGAUGUCAUCAAUACAAUACAACAGUGAAUAAUCAGUGUGUCCUCAGUCCUUGUACAUCCAGUCUGGCCUCAACCACUAUCAACAGAUAUGAGAAUAAUCCAUAAGAUUCAGUAUCACGUCAAGUGACGAUCAACCCACACCUUCAGUGUCAUAAACACUGGAAAUCAUGUGUAUUACAGAAAGGGAAAAUAUAUUAAUGUGCUAAACAUUGUGUUAAUCACUGAAUAUGAACUUUAGUGAUCUUACAUUUAAAUAGGAGUUAUUUACACUCCUAUGGCCUACUUCAGUGACCCAAUCCUCAUGCUGUUAGUCCCAUCAUCCACAUUUCUCUAUUUGAUUGAUUGGUCUUUGUUGUCCCCCAGCUAUCCUGGUUGUCCUCUGGUUUGCAGACCCCUGGCUACCUCAGUUUUCCAUAUCCACUGAUGUCAUCGCCCUGCGCUUCCUGCUCUUCCUCAGCCACACCUACUGGGCGGUGCUGCUGAUGACCACUCCUCUUGUUGCUGUGGAGACUGCCAUGAAGUUGCAGUGGCUCCAGGUCCAUGGUGAUGGAGGUAGAGCAGUGGAUGGAGACGCAGACGAACAGAGUAAAACUCUGGGCUCUAAAGCUCCUGCACCUCACAACAGUGUGACAGUGGAGGUAGAGAAUGGGCAGAGCAGGGACACAGACACCCAGAGAGGAGGGAGAGAGGACCAGGAAAAGUGUCUGUCCCACAUCAUAUACUUCCUCUGCUGUCUGCUGGUGUGGGUUCUCUGUGGCAUCUGUGGGGGUCAGAGCUGGAGUCUUUGGGUGAAGGUCUGCAUGGAGAGGACCAGCUCCCUCACUCUGUGCCUUCCCAGCCUCCCCAACAACGUCCUGUCUGCUCUGAGUGAGCCCUGCUUGACCGUGACCUUGGCCCUCCUGCUGGUGUUGACGGUGGGCUUGGGCCUGCUCAGACGACACCUGGCCCACACAGAGACGGACCCACACACACCCGCAACGACAUACAAGGAGGAACAUGGCACUGACAUUCAACUGCCCGUACAAACAUUCCCUGUGCCAUGUAAGGCUGUGAACCCUGUGAUGUCAGCGGUGGCAGCCAUACAGUCUGUUGACCCAGAGACAACAUGGUCCAGAUGCUCCCUUCACAGCCCAUGUUCCGGGGAAAACAUACAGCUGUCACUGGCUCACCAUGGAUACCCUGUCGACUUAUCGCUGGAGUGUUUGUCAGUAGACAGACUACAGGAACACAAAGAGACAAAAGGACUGGGAGACAUGCCUCUCAGUACUACUGUGGAGGAACACACAGACUCUACCUACAAGAGCCAGUGUGGGCUGGGGCUGGGGCAGUGGGGCUUUCCCUGCCUGGGGGUAAACGUAAUGACAGGGUUUGUGUGUCUGCUCACCGUCUGUGUGUUACCUCUAAAUCUCAGUGUGAACAUCCUACUGAUCAGGCACAUAGAGACAAUGCUGGAGUGGAGUUUGAAGAUCUUAUUGUUUGUACCCAAAGAAGCCACAGACAACAGACGGCUCUCCCAGUCAAUGUAA